AUGGUCUUUCGACAAGUUCCAAUUGCGUUGCUGUUCGCCAUCGCGGCAAACGCCCAAGUUACCGAUAUACCCACCAUCAGCGACAGCAGAACCACCAGCUCAGGUUCAGUAACAUUGAGCGAGUUAGCAACACCCACAGGCAAUUAUCUGACAAUCUCGACGACCAUUACGAGAGAAACUUCAUCUCCUAUUUCCACCUCUGUUAUCGUAUCAACAGUAUCCAGUGGCUCCUCUACGCGAACCACAACUUUAGGAUCAUCAACAAUUCUUGGGAUCGGAACACUUUUGGCAGGAAGCAACUCAUCUACGUCAGGCACAUCCUCAGUAUCUUCUUCGACUACAGAUUCGCGAACAUUCCUUUCAGGAGCUCCAAGAUCUUCAUCUACCGUCACUGGUUCAAGAAAUGCAACCGCAAGUACAUCAGCGGCUGCGCAGCCAACAAACAUGACACCAUGUAACAAUUGGCCUGAGUUCUGCUCUCGAAGUUACUCCAACAUCACCGAAGUCGCUGCCCAUAACUCUCCUUUCGUCAAACCUGGAAACGCUGCCGCAAAUCAAGCACUUCCAGUGACGACACAAUUGAACGAUGGAAUUCGUUUACUUCAAGGUCAAAUGCAUUUCGUGGGCGACGUCCCUCAUUUCUGCCACUCAUCCUGCGAUGUCCUCGAUGCCGGUCCAAUCACAGAUUGGCUCACCGAAGUUCGAGAAUGGGUACAAUCCCACCCGUACGACGUGGUCACCAUCCUGCUCGGAAACGGAAACUACUCCCUUGUAGACCUUUACGUCCCAUUCAUCGAAUCCACGGGCAUUCUUGACUACAUCUACACUCCUCCAAAAAUCCCCAUGGGAAUUAACGACUGGCCAACCCUUCAAAACAUGAUCAUCCGUGGUCAGCGCGUGGUUAUGUUCCUCGACUACGAUACGAACCAGACUGCCUAUCCAUGGUUCAUAGAUGAGUUCUCCUCCGUCUGGGAAACAGCAUUCGAUCCCACCAACCGAUCUUUCCCCUGCGACGUUCAAAGACCACCAGGACUGAAUGGCGAGGAAAUUCAAAACCGCAUGUAUCUGAUGAAUCAUAAUCUGAACUACGAUAUCGAUCUUCUCGGUGUAAACCUUCUGGUUCCAUACGUGCCGCUUUUGAACGUCACGAAUAACGUUACCGGUUUUGGAUCGCUUGGAGUAACUACUGAGCAAUGUGCUACAGCUUAUGGAUAUCAGCCCAAGUUUUUGAAUGUGGAUUACUAUAACGUUGGGAAGGGAAGUGUGUUUGAGGUUGCGGCGCGACACAACAAUGUUACGUAUGAUAGGGCGUGCUGUGGGCUUGCUAGUACUUCAGCGGGAAUGAAGACCACGACAAGUUCUUUGUUUUUGGCUGUUGCUGGAGCGGUUGGAUUGGUGUUGGUAUUGUGA